UGUCAUCGCUGGGCCGGGCCAUCUCUAUUUGAUAAAAUUAAUACAAAGAGUACACAUAGUACACAUAAAAACGAAACGAAAACGAAACGAGAAAAACACACACGGCAGAGGGGAAAACGGUCAUUUAAAUUGAGAGAGUGUAAUCAAGGCAGAUUGGUUGGCGGUCCCGGUACCCGUUGUCUCCGUCGUCGGUGUCGUUGUCGUCACACCUUUGGAUUUUCGUGCGAGCGCAGAGCGCCAGCACAAUAAACACAUCGAGAGAGAGACAGGCACAGAGGCAGAGAGUAGGCGCUAGCAUUACAAUUGGAAUUGGAGUUUGGGCAUCGAAAUAUAUAUAAAAAAAAUAGACGGCAGCAGUGGCAGUAGCAGAAACACCAGCAACAAUAACAAACCAAUCAAGAACUACGCACCGCAGCGUACCCGUGCCCCCUGCGUAUCCCCCUCCUUCUCCUCCUUAGCCGCAGCCGAACCGAACCCGGCCACCCCCCUGCACACGCACACACACACUGGCCCCCUCCUUUGGCAGCACAGAACACACACACACACAAUCACACGCACACACACACACUCUGAGAGACCCCAGCACUCAGCACAGUUAUCAUCCGAGCGACAAACCGACCGCAUUUAUCAUCCGCACAUCACACACACGGCUGGCUAUUGUUGUCUGCUCCCUAUCGUUACGAUUGCACGCGAAGAAGGAGCAGACAAAGAGGAGCAAAAGCAACAGAGCAAGGGCAGUCAGGAGCAAGAGCACACAAAGGAAGUGCAGCAGCAGCAGCAGCAGCAGCAGCAACGGCAGCGGCAGCAAGGAGCAAGUAGCAGCGGCAGGCAGCAAGCAGCAUUCGCACAAAGAAAAGCUCAACAUAAAGAUCCUAGCAAGCAGCCAAAGCAGCAGCAGAUCACACCGAGAGAGACUGAGCCAGCGGCGUCAGCUCUAUGGGUCAGAAGGCGAGCACACCGGCGACCAGUGGCCAACAGAGCCCACGCUCCAGGACCUUCUCCAGCAGCUCAACGGGAGCGGCAGAUCAAGCACCUAAUGCCGCCGGCGUUGGCCAGAAUCGCAGCAGCAACGCUGUUCAUGCCUCGGCAACCGGCGGCGAAGCCGGGCAAGGAUUUAAUCUGCUGCGCACAUUGCCCGGCCUGCAGGUGUAUCACAACAAUAGCAACAGCAACAGUAGCCAGAACUCCACGUCCAUAGAUCGUCAGCGGGCGCGCAGCCUUAGCUCCGUGCCAGAUAUCCAACAGCAGCAGCAGGCCGCGCAACAGCAGCAACAGGGCUCGCUUACCUCCUCCGGUAGUAGUCCGCAUGCCGUGCACAGCCAUGGGGGGCAUCAUCCGCAUGCCGCUGUGUCGGUGACCGUGUCGGCGAAUGCCAACAACGGUGGCGGAGGCGGCGGAAGCUUCCCAGCGACAGCGGCGGCAGGGAACAAUAAUGGCAGUGCCACACAAUCCUACAUGCAGCAGCGUCGCACUUUGGGAGACUCCAUACGGGAUAUAACAAUGACCGGUGGCAAUAUCGCUGAGAGCAUCGCCCUGGCCGCCUCCGCCACGUCUGCCAAUGGGAUCGGUCGUGUUUACACAGCCACCUCACUUCCAUCGCACAUUUGGUCCUUCAAUGGUAUCAAGUGCCCCGUGUGCAAUAAGUUUGUGUUGCCGGACGACAUUGAAUGCCAUUUAGUCAUGUGCCUAACGAAACCACGACUCUCAUAUAACGAGGAUGUACUGUCGGACGCCAAGGGCGAGUGCGUCAUUUGCCUUGAAGACCUGAGUCCGGGGGACACCAUCGCUCGUCUGCCAUGCCUCUGCAUAUAUCACAAAGGAUGCAUCGACCGUUGGUUUGAGGUGAAUCGCUCCUGUCCUGAGCAUCCUGGAGAUUAGUAAUCCUCGCCAGAGCUCGCCGCCGCGUUUGUUUGUGUUGUGCGUUAUGCAAGAGCGAGGAGUGGAAAUUGAAAUAAAAAUGGAGCUGACCAGCAGCUGGACGAGAUGAGGAGAGGUGUUGGGUGGGAGGAACGGAACGAAACGUAACGGUAGGGAGCGGGGGCUAUACCGGACCCAGAACACAAAUACUUAGCAACUAAGAAACACCCGCCGCCGUCACAUCCGCCUUUGGAGACGCAGCUGGAUUAGGAUAACAGAACAGAGAGAUGGAUUCGAGAAUAUAGAAAGAAAAUUAGGGAGUAUGGAGGAUGCAGAGAAAAGCUAUGGCUAUGCUCCAAAAGCAAAUGCCUAGAAAGAGUGUUAGAUCGAAGCAUCAUCGAUCAUAUUUCGACCCUACCGACCGAUCCACUGCUACUAAUGACGAUGGCAACCAAACACAACACAAAAAUCAAGUAAAAACCAACUUCAUUUACAAUGCCAAACUGGCAGGAACACAAAAACAAAAAAAAA